GCCACUUGUCUGCUUGUCAUCAUCAGCGGUGACAGGAAGCGUGUGCCGCCGCGCGUUCUUUUUCUUCUUCUUCAUGUUAGAUGCUUUAUUUAAGAGGCUGCUGAUGUUUUAAGCGCAUCUUUCACCAUCUGUAACUUCGUCUCGUUUCUUUCAUUAUCCUGCUACUUAAUUAAGUUGUCGACUUUCAAAAGCUUCGACAAAAGAUUUAACUUUGUCGGGGGUAGAAAUCUGCAUAUACAGAGCUGGAGAUGGCUUCUGGAGGUUUGGGGCUCACCGAGGGCCUGAGCCAAGACAUCAGCCAGGAGGACUUAGACUUCUCUGACCUGUUUCUGUAUAAUCCACCUGGGGAGGAUUUUCCUGUCGGCUGUGACAAAGAUGACCCUGGUGCUCUCCUUCAGAAUGAUGGCCAGCCUCCUCUGCUGGUGGUCAACCAUCACACUGUGUAUAUCCCAACCUCCAACCAGCCUGCUUCCAGCCAGGACACCUCCUCUCGCAGCCCCUCCACAGACAACCUGUCCGGGGCUGUGUUUGACUCCUUGGGGUUGACAUCAAGAGCAGGCAUCAUCCCUGCUCCCAGCCCCAGGAUUGAGAUCACUCCGUCAGGUGACUCUCUCAGCUCUCAGAACCUGGAUCCAAGCCCUGGCUCCAAAGCCCUGGGAGCCUACAGGGAGUGUGUCAGCCCGGCCAGUAGUAACUCCUCCACCGGCUGGCCACCAGAGACAUACUCUCCCUCUGCCUCACCGUGUGUCUCUCCUUCUAUUGGAGCCAGCUGUGGCGUGGGGUUGACCGCUUUAGACCUCUGCCCAGGCCUGCAGGGCAUCCACACUUCUUCUACCCACUCCUCCCCAGGAGCCUCGCCUCGCAACAGCAUCACAGACGAGACCUUCCUCCAGCCACAACACCACAACACAACCACACCGCUUCCCCACCAACGUUCCCGCUCUGCCUCACCGCAUGGAAAGCGCUCCUAUGACCAGACCCACUCCUGUCAAGGGGGCACUCCGGUCAAGCAGCGCUCCCGGAGCCCCAGCCCCAUCCCAUCGCCCCAUGAGCAGCAGGGGUCCUACUACCUUCAGCAACACCAUCCCCAAGCUGAGUUUCAGCCCCAGGCUCAGACCGUGACCCCGGGCCUGGAGGAGAUGCUGAGCAGCCUCAGCUCUGGUCUGCCCAGAACAGUGCCCACUGUAGGAGUGAGGGGUGCACACGGGCAGGUUCAGAGACAGGACUGUGGAUAUGGAGAGGGCUACGACUGGGCCAUUGAGCAAGACAGAAUGGGCAGGGCUGGACCUGAUGUCAAAGCUGAGACCUUCUACAUGCUCCCAGCUGUGUGGCCUGCUCCUCAUUCAGUCCAUCCUGGCGGACGGUCCACAUUCAGUGGUCUCUCUGUGGAUCCACUUCCCUCUUUAGAAUGGCCUUUACUCAGCCAGUCUGGCCAGUACGAGCUGCUGAUCCAACAACAGCCCAGAUCCCACCACAGAGCUCACUAUGAGACCGAGGGCAGCCGAGGAGCUGUCAAAACACCAAACGGAGGACAUCCAGAGGUUCAGCUCCGUGGAUACCAAGGCACAGCUCCACUGGGGCUGCAGGUAUUCAUUGGGACGGCCGACGAGAGGAUGCUGAAACCCCACGCCUUUUACCAGGUCCAUCGCAUCACCGGGAAGACUGUCACCACACCCAGCAUGGAGAGGAUGAUCAAUGGGACCAAAGUGUUGGAGAUCCCUUUGGAGCCAAAGAACCACAUGAGAGUAGUGAUUGACUGUGUAGGGAUCCUGAAACUGAGGAAUGCCGACAUCGAACUAAGGAAUGGCGAGACAGAUAUUGGACGAAAAAACACGCGUGUACGCUUGGUGUUUCGUGUCCACAUCCCUCAACCUGGAGGGGCACUUGUGUCUCUUCAAGUGGCUUCUCAUCCCAUCGAAUGCUCUCAGCGCUCAGCUCAGGAGCUGCCUGCUGUUGAGAGGCAAGACCUGGACCGAUGCUCUGUACAUGGUGGUAAACAAAUGGUCCUGACUGGACAGAAUUUCACAUCUGACUCCAAGGUGAUAUUUUCAGAGAAGAGGCAAGAUGGACAGCAAAUCUGGGAGGUGGAGGCCACUGUGGACAGAGACAAAACCCAAGCUAACAUGCUGUUUGUUGAGGUUCCUCCAUAUCAAGACCGGACCAUUUCCCAGCCGGCCAAAGUCAACUUCUACGUCAUCAAUGGGAAGAAGAAACGCAGUCAGCCUCAGCACUUCAUCUACACUCCUGUGAAAGCCAUCAAAGCUGAGCCUCUGGAUGACUAUCAGUUGACUUCAUAUGGCUACUUAGACAAUCAGCCUCUGUCUGGCAUGUCAAUGAAGUCACUCUACCAUCACCUGGAACACGACAACAACCUUCAAGCCUUGAAUGUUUCCUCAACCCUGUACCAUCUAACUACUGUAGACCCCAGAGCCCAUGUGUUAACCGAUCCACUGGACGACCAACCAGUCUAUUUCCAGUCCAGAGCUCUGAUCAACAACCCAGUGCUGUACCACACUGCCAACCAACAUUACAGCAACUGCAGCCCCGCCCUGCUCGGUGGUUCCCCAAUGGUUUCCCAUCCUGCCUCCGCUCCCAGCCAGUGUGUGAGUGCCAGGACCCCUGUUGGCAAACUGGGCGAAGGCGUUCAGGUCGGUGAUUCAUUCGAGGUUUGUUUGGUGUCAAGACAUCAGGGAUUUGUGCAGACAGAUCUGCCACUUGGAAAGUCGCCACCGUCAAGAUACAUUCAAGGUCAAAUCCAGGGGAAGGCCGGUAACCGGGUGGAGGCAGGUGGGCAGCCUCUGACCCAGAUCGGCUCUGCUAGAGGGAACCAUGAGGAACGAGCUCCAGAGAGGAUCACGGUCAAACAGGAGAACCUCAGCUAUGCCUACCUGGAGGAUGUGAAUGACAUCAUAAGACGGGACAUGAAAGGCCACAGUGGAGAGUGAUCCUGCAGCCGCCCUGAUGUCCAUCACAGAUGAAAGUUUAAGCAGCAAGCAUAGUCUUGAGACACCAGGAGCUAUAAACAUAAAAACCUGAUUAAGUGGGAGGAAUCUUGUACUUGUAAGAAUUAGUGGCAGGCAUUUUUGGCAAACAGUACGAUCCAAUUAUUGGCUCAUGUUAAAUUUAUUUCAGGAUUACGUCAUGUUUCUGUAGAAGGGGUGAUGCUUCACUGGGCAGUCUUCUCUGCCAAAUGUCACUCCUUAUUUCACUCAUCAACAUUUUACAUUAAAAAAUGGGUCAGCUCUCUGUUAGUCUUUAUGCUAGCUGUACAUUUUAGCCUUUCAAAGAAAGCAGUUAGCCUGUCAUACCUAUAAUUGAGCAUCUAUUGUCUUCACUUUAACCUGUUUGACUUCUCUUUGUUUAUAUAAUUGUACAAUUACUCUUAAAAAAAUGUAGAAAUUAUUUUAUAUUAAAUAAAUUCUGUUUAUAUGAA